AUGCUACCAUACGAGGAGAUUCACAAAUUGUACCGAAAGUCGCCCAAAUUUGAAGAGCUCAUACCACUGGAAUCACAACCUAUAUAUGCGUCCGCUGCCCUAGUUGUAGCACUCAUUUUGCUUGUUUUUGCAGUCACUUUGCCUGCAAAGGCUAGUGGGACGCCAUUGGCUGUGCAAUUCGUGAAAUACACUUUAACAAGUUUGGUGGGGAGCCUGUUUUUGGGAUUAGCUAUCGUUUUCUUGACGAAUUCUUUCGGUGUUUACGCCUAA